AUGAAUUCAUUUUAUUUUUCAGAUUUGCAGGAUUCUGAAGUUCAAUCCUAUGUUCCCCUUCCUAUCCCUGCUAGUACAUCAGUUAAUGUUAAAUGUGAUUAUACACUUUCCUCAAAUGUGACAAAUAUCACUGAGUUACACAAGUAUAAUUCAAUUGCUUACGAUCAAAAAUUCGUUAAUGAUACAAUAACCACUUGGGAGUUAGUAAUAAAUUCAUUUGAUCAGCCAAAGCCGAAGAGGUUCACUGAUCCUGAUGUAAGCAAAACAAUAAUUGAUUGUCAAAUAGUAGAUCAAUAA